AUGAAGCUUCUUUAUUCUUUGAUCGGUUUAUGUUUCUCAUACGGUGUUGACAGAGAAACCGCAAAUGGAUUUUUAUCGAGAAAACCGAGGUGGGGAUUCGGCCUGGAAGAAUUGCAAGAGGGAGAUUUAGAACGCGAAUGCAUAGAGGAAACCUGCACAAAGAGUGAGAACUUCGAAUGUUUCGACCACGAUGAGCGCCACAACGAAAGUUGGAGCAAAAUCAACGGGUGCUGGACCAUGCUCGAGCUCAAGAAACAAGUUAUGAACCCGACAGCAGUUCGAAAUUGCUACUCAAACGACGAUCGAACUCUCCCACCAGAAAAGUAA